GUUGGCCGUGAUAAGAACGAGGUCGCAGUUGGCUGCUGUGUCGGCGCGGGUUUGUUGGAAUGUUUAGUGUAGUACGGUUUACUUGGGAAGGUAUUACAGUAGCUGUGUGAAAUUAUGAAAGAGAAGCGGUUAUUCAAAACAGUGAUGAGACCGGAAACUGAGAAGAAUGAUUCGGGUUCACAGAUGGAACCGCUGACGAUGAGAGAAUAUCAGCGCAUUCUGGCGGUGCUUAGACGAGAUGCUCUCCUUCGCAUGCAGGAACAACAGAGAAUCAGUAAGCUGCACUCCUCACUACGCACGGAGGGUGAAGACGAGAGAUGUCCGCGAUGCGAAACCACAGCGUCACGACGCAAGUGCUCCGUCUGUGUCCGGCGUAGGGAACUGAAGCUGCAGUCGGGCGACUGGUUCUACAGGCACAUACGGAACCGCUUCUCCAGGGCCGCUGCUGUGACAGAGAAUAACACAGCUCAUGAGAAUGGAACCGCUAUGAACACAGAUUCAGCUCAGGUACGAGAAUUCAUUGAGCGGUUGGUAGAGACACUGGUGUCCGGCCAAUUAGAUGAUGUCAAAGUGAACCGUGCAUACACACAUCCAGAAUAUGAUCGCAUGUUUGCCUGCCAUCACACUGCGCUGUGUGAGAACCUCGUUCAGCUCUCGUUCGCCCUGCAUAUGGCGAUCUCCAACAAGCCGCUGCCUGAAGAAGAAACGCCAUCUGCUGUCCAUGCAGCCCUAAAGCAGCGAGUGCAGCACAUCAUACACGAGGCCAUGACUCUACCAAACCUCAAGAACCAUGUACCUACAGAAAAUGGUACAGCCUUCCACAAAUGGGAUGAUGACAUCACAUCCAUGACUUAUGAAGACAUCCUGGCUACAGCAAUACUGAACAAGGUGAUUGAGCGGUUCCAGCAAAGGACUGAUGCAGUGUUACCUGAUGCAGUGGAUGGAGACCGCGGUGUGCCAGCAUUCUGCAGCAUAGAGCAAGCACCCAAGUACAUAAGUCGAGUUGAGAUUGGAGUGAACAACCAUGAUGGUGAUUCAUCCUUGCAGGAGGGCCUCGGGAAUUGGAGCGAGUCAAGCCACGCUGAACCCCUCUCUAUGACUAUUGAGGAGUGCAUAGAGGAAGAGGUUACGAUGUAUGACAGUGCAGGUGAGGAAGAGGAAGAGGAAGAGGAAGACAGGAGCAGUGAUGGCAUGGCUGCGAACAGUUCAGAGCUUGACUUCUACCUGUCUGGCCUCAGCUUCAUUAAGCGUCGACGUGUGCCAUUUCCUGAACUGGGUGUCGACAUUGUGGAUGGAGCAAGGGAAGAGGAGCAGUCAGAGUCAUCACAGCCCACAGACCUAAUCAGCCCUGUUGAUUCAUGGGAGGAGAACUGGCUAUUCCAACGCCGACAUCUCAAGGCAGGUGGUACUAGUGACGCCGCACGGCGGAGUCCCAUGCCUGUGCCAAUGUUGGUACCGAACCCCAGUGAGGAUUUUAGGGCCCGCAUUGGGGACAGAGAUGCAGAGGAAAUUUCAGAUUUGUCAGACUGCAGUGAUGGAGCUCUUGAAGAUAUCGUGUUGUCAGGAGUGGAGACAGCGCCAACAGAUAUUCAUGUUCCAGAGGAUUCAGUGACCAGCGAGCGACAUGCUGCAACAGUUGAGCGACCUCAAGAACAGAGUUUUAUGACUACAGCUGCUGAGGGCAGUACUGAAAUGGAGCUGACAGAAGCUACUAAUCUGAACCUUGUGAAAGCUCCUUCAGUGGAGUGUCUGUCAGAGUUUGGACAACAGGACAGUGAGUAUACAGAGGAUUAUGCAUUGGUCACCCAGCGUCAGGUCGGCAGUCUCACAGAGCAGAUCGGACCAGCAUCAGCGCCAGUUCCAAAGCCAAGGACAUUCGCCGUGCCAUCGAGACCAAGCAAGUCUCCCGAGUGUGAGACGUGGGCAGAUGCCAAACAGGAGACAGAGCUAGCUACACCCCCUCGUCCAGGUACUGACCAAUCAGAUGCAAACUGCACUUUACCAUGCACAGGGACUAUAGCAGAGCGCGAGCAUCGCAAAUGGGAGAACGCCCCACCCCUUCCUAACAACCCAUACUCUCCUGAGAACAUCAACAAGCGACUGAGCAAGCAGUCUGCGGGGUUCAGCAGCCGCAGCAGCAGCUGCACCUCCAUUGACUUCCCUGAAUUGGAGGCAACACAGGGUACAUCACCCCUUAAAGUCAUCUGUGCUUCUGGUGAACUGGACUAUAAGAGGUAUGGACGUGACUAUUACAUAAACCACUCCAGAAUGGCCUCAGGUGAGAUACGCUCCUCUUCUAGGGUGACUUCCCCUUUGCUGCAACAGGUGGACCAUAAGAAGAGCCUGUGUCCAAAAUAUGCUCUGAAGCUAGAGUUGGUUAUGAAAUGUGCCAGCUUUAUGAUCCAGCAGAUGGACACAGAGCAGAUCGUGAAGGCAGAGACAAAUGGUGCCAAGGAAGUCACUGAGUCACACAGUCAUGUUGAGAGUGAGAUUGCAAAAUGGCAGAAAGAAAUUGAUCAGUCAGAACAACAGUGGCUAAGAAAGUUGCAACACAGUAGUUCUGUAGAGUCAGUGGGAACAGGGAAGUUGCAAUACAGUAGUUCUGCAGAGUCAGCAGCAACAGGAAAGUUUCAACACAGUGGUUCUGCAGAGUCAGCAGCAACAGGAAAGUUUCAACAUAGUGGUUCUGCAGAGUCAGCAGCAACAGGAAAGUUUCACCACAGUGGUUCUGCAGAGUCAGCGGCAACAGGAAAGUUGCAACAUACUGGUUCUCUGGAUUCAGCAACAACAGAGAAGUUGCAACACAGUGGUUCUCUGGAGUCAGCAACAACAGGGAAGCUUCCUGAUGCCCGGCCACAAAAGAACCAGCUUAUUAGUAAUACUCAGAACAGAGGAAGCUCUGAAUUGGAAAGUAAACCUUCCAGGAGAAACAUACAGGGUGCAAGAAACAAGGUCAUUGAGGGAGUGGAGUGGAGUAAUUCAAGCUACAUGACCCCAAGUGACUGUAGCACUGUAUCAUCUGAUCUGGAAUUGGAUUCAGAUGUGCCAGUUGUGCUGCCAUCUGUUAAAGAACUGGCAAAACACUUUUCAGGAGGCCAAACAUCCAAUUCAGAUUCCUCUGUUAUGAAGGCAGUGCCAAACCCUCACCACAGCAGGAUGGUGGAGAUAUCUCGGGAAGUGCUAAUCCUGGAGAGAGAGAAGCAGCAGCAGCCCAUUCGAGAGGUACACAGCCUGACAGCUCGUAGCAUCUCUCGAGAGUUCCGUGAGGGCUUGCGACGGAACCUGCCCUCCCACUUAGACCGUAACUUGCACACAACAGCCGGUAUCACCGCUUCUAAUGGCAUGGAAGACUUGUCCAGUGGUUCUUAUGAGUUAUUUAUCACCAGUAGAAAUAGGGAUACUCAAAUGACUCCUUCCAAUGGAAGCAAAGACAUGGAGAGUGGUGAACAAGAAGACAGGGUACCCACUGGGCCAGAGUGCAGUAGCAUGAAGGAACUAAGUGAAUGUGAUAUGUAUAGCACUGACACUAGAGGUUACGAUAGUUUUCCUGGUCACACGUCAGAUGAGAGUGGGACUCAGUCCCUUACCCCUUCCACAGGGGGAAGACGUAAGCUACAAAAUAGUAUUGCAUUCUGGGAACAAUUGCAGCACUAUGGUAAGUGACAGACAAGUUGGCAGCUUGGUAAUUAUAUCAUACAUACACAUUUUGAUUAUCAAAGCCAGUUUUGAGGUAUUUAGUUUCUUUGUAUGACUACAUUGCAGUUUGUUGGAAAAUACAUUGGCCAUGAUGGCUGGUAAUGGCUGCAAGUCAGUAAUUACCUGAGUGUGUAAGGUCUGUGGAAGUAUGUGAAUAUGACUUUCUGCAGGUCCCUACACUUAUUCUAGUGAUAACUCUUUUUAAUAUAAAAAUAUAUGCUGGAAGCAUUUGCCUUUGCUUUGUGUGAUCAGUACAUUGGUGCCAUGAUUAAAAAAGCAAGUACUUCAGAGUCACUGUGAAUGUGUUGCAAGAUAGAGGCACUUCCGUCCCUCCCAAUUUCUUAUGCCUAGCCUAUAUCACAAAGUAUUGUCAUGGUGAAAAAUACUGAUGUCAAGAUUUGGACAGAUUCACAUGUUUUCAGCACCACUGAACACAAAAAAAAAUGGUUUUUGAUAUGCAGUCUCUCCGUACAUAUGAAUGUGCGCCUUGCUAGCACCUGAAUGAUUGAACAGAUUUUGUUCAGACUUGAUAUUAAAGAGUUUAUCCAUCCUAGGUUGGUGGUGCCCACUGAAUCUGAACAUUUGAGCUCCAAAAUUUGAGGCUCUUUAGAUAGACCUAGGAACACAAAAUGUCAGUUUUCUAAAAAAUGGCUGUAAGGAUUUUGCUUUCAGUAAUUUGUUGAGGUCCUCUCCAUAAAUGAAUCUGCAUAGAUGGUGUUUUCAGGAAGAAUAACAGUAUGUGCACUAGUAGCUCAAAUGCAAAAUGUAUAAUUUUCUCAAAAUUGGCCUUGCCAGUUAGAUGGAUCUCAUUAUUGUUCAGCAUUCAGCAAAACUCAGUUAUGUACUAUGGAACUAUCAAUUUAAUUUCCAAGAUAACAUAGCCGCAGUCAGUCAUAUGUGAUAAAUUAAAUCCAAUGUCCUUGCACUGACUUUCAAAAAUAUCAAGAUAUUUAGUUCUAAUGGCUGAAGCUACAGAACAGAAGACUACAUCCAUUCCCAGUUUAUACCAUGUACCCUGUCUUUAAAAUUUUUGUGACUAUGCCCAUAUGCAUACACAUACCUUCUCUACUUCUGCUUUAGCUGAGAUCUAUGCACACUUAAAUUUAUUUGAUUCUAUUGCUGCUAUGCUUUUUAUUUCGUGUUUCUCUCUGGGUUUCCCAUUUAUGGAAAUGUCAUGAUAUAUAGCAGCUAAAAGCUUCAGAGAAGAAUAACAUUGAAAUAAAAAAGUAAAAAUUUCCUUAUGUGAAUUAAAAAGCUGGCAAUGAGGAUUCAAAUCACAUCCCAAAAAUUUACUACAGUAUUUGCACAUCGCUUUAAGUGCUAUGAUGGCUCUUGUACAUGCUGUAAAAAGUAUAGUUAACAAUAUCUUGGACGUUUUUUGUUAAGUCCAUGGUGAGAAACAGGAAACUCACAGAACCUGGCAUAAAAGUUAUAUUUUUAUGUGUGCGAGAUAGAGAAUAAAAUUUGUUGUUGAUAUUUGGUUAGGCAUGGCAAUGUAAAAGACAUGUAUGAGCCUUACUGUUGAAAUCAUUUGUGAAAAUUUAGUCAGUUAAGAAUUAUGUAAUGAAGAAAACAUGACUGUGAUGAAUUAUAUGAUCUAUGAAGACUAAAUUUAAUCUUGUUUAUUUAAAUAUAAAAAUCUUAAGAAACCUCUGUCCUAGCAGAUGGCAGGUGACAUUAAACACAGAGGGGACAUAACAACAGAAACGAAACUGAAGCUUCGGUUUGAGUAAUUUCAUCUCUUUGUCACUGAUAGAAACAAGUGCAGCCUAACUUUCAUUUAAAGGGAAAAAACAUGUUGAUAUAUACAUUAAACCAUCCCACUUUAGAAAAACUGAUGUACCCAUCAGGUCAGAUUCGUUUAACCAGUAGACAAAAACUGUUAUGUUUUUGUUGUUAUUCUCUGAAAUUAGCCUUGAAAAUAAGUUUAAUACCACUUCAACUUAUGUUCUCCUAAGAGACACAAGCACAGUUGACAUAACAAAUGUCUUCAAUGUCAGGAUGAAGAAGAGAAAAAUAGACAGAAAUUAGUGUGUAUAUUUGCAAUUGGCUCUGUGGACAUGGUGGAUUAACAGAAGUAUACUCAGGGUUUUGUCCUGGAAAUGUUAGAGUGUUAGGAGACAAUACAAUUGCUUCUGGACAUAUUAUGUUAAAAGAUUUGCUUGACAUCUAUUGACAGGUUAAGGAGCAGGAAUUUGACUGAAGUUUGUGCCAGCCACUUUUAGUUGCUCUACAGUGUUUAUUUAACUGCUGCUAUAGCCAUGUCUGUCUUGCCUUCAGCAGGAACCUGAAGUUCCAAGUAUUGACUUCCAUUUGUUCAGGUUUCCAAAAAGCUUGAUGUAAGUUGCAUUAUACUAACAUGUGGCUGUGUAAAGCAUUUAUGGAAUUAUUCCACCCAUGUCUGCACUGCAGCAAAUAAUUUGAUCAAUCUUCUGCAUGUUAUAUAUCCUGUUAUGACUAAGGGGAUGUCGCGCCUUUUUUCAAACAGUUGCAGCACUAUGAACUUCCUUCCGCAAUGAAUCAGAGUAUUCAGUGUCAAAUUCUUGAAUGUGAUUUUCAAUUAAUACUUCAGACCCAACCAGAAACUCAUUAUCUGAUUGUUUUCCCAAUGAGAAAAGUUAUUGAAAUGCUAUAUUAUUUGUGACUUUUUUUUGCAUGCUGUCUGAUAAGUCCUUGUUUAAACCUUUGCAUGCUAAUAAGAUUGUCUGAGUAGUCAUUUAGUACAGCAUUUCUGUCAAUAGAUGGCAUAAAGUGUGACAUACUGAAGUUUAGAGGAAAGAACAGGCUUUCACAUGAUAUAUAUUCCUAUUUUUGAAAAUUAUUCUUCAUAGCAUAAUUUUAUACUGGUGGCUUUUAAGUUGUAAAGUAAGAUUGUAUUUAUACUGUUACCUGUGCCAAAGUAAAGUGCUCUCAUUCAAUAAAGUGA